AUGAGUAACCAAGAUCUCAAUGAACAAUACAAGGAGAUGCUAGGCAAUAUAGCAUUAAGUGGAAAGGUUUUCUUAAAAGUCCUGGGAAAUGCUGCACGUUUGACCUUCAAUACUGCAGUUUUUCUUUUGAGUUGUGGAUCUCUGGUUCGAUGGAAACAGCCUCAAGCAAGAAAUCCUCCUGAAAAAGCUCCAAUUCAGAAGAAUAAGAGCAAAUCUCCACAAGUGAACCCAGAUUCAACUGAUAGCAGUGGAAAUUCUGCUGUGGAUGAUACUGAAGAUGCAUUGAGAUAUCAAUUAUAGGCUUAAAAUUUUUUUAUAAUAAAUAUUAUUUUCUAAAUAAAAAGUUAUGUGGAAAAGUCUUAUCAUCUAUAUAGAGAUGAGAUAUCAAGUUCGACAGGAGCUUCAAACAUCAAUUCCAAGAACCGCAUCAAGAGAUAUGUUAAACAGGCUCAUUCAAAGUCAUGAAUUCAGCCAAAGAGAAAGCUGGGUUGACAAUCGACAGCAAGAAGAAGACAUAAUCGUCAUCCCGUCUUUAUCUAUAGAUCAAGGCGAACUCCAAAAAAUCACAGCAGUCGGGUGCUAUGAAGAAAGGCAGCUAUGCACACUAUUUUACUUAAAAAACCCAAGGUGUAGGCUGGUUUAUGUUACAAGUAUGCCAGUCGAUAAAGCUAUUGUCGAUUAUUAUCUAAAUCUAUACUAUAUCCAAUACAUAAUACUUCCAUUAUUUGAUAGAAAUUUUUUAUUUUUUUAAAAAAUAUACUAUAGUCAUAAUCAUUCUCCCUUUAAUUUAUUUAUAUAUAUAAUACUUGAAGAAAACUCGAUAGUUACCGCAAACCAAGCGUCAAAAAGGCUUCUAUUGCUCAGUUGUAACGACAGUUCUCCAAUCCCACUAACCUCAAAAAUCCUAAGAAGGCCUAAACUUAUCCAAAAAAUAAAAAAUUUCAUCAACCCUAUCAAAUCCCAUAUGAUUUGCUUUAUCAGCUCAAACCUCGAAAGAGAUUUAGCCUUACAGCUAAGCGUCCCACUUUUCGCUAAUGACCCUUCACUAACCUAUUGGGGAACCAAAAUUGGGUCCAGAAAAGCCUUUGAAAAAGCUGGCAUAAAAUUGCCAAGAGGGACACAGCUAGUCCACUCAGCUGAAAAUUUGGCUAAUGAAAUAGCAAAACUUUAUAAGGAAAGAAAUUUUGAGGUACAAAAAUUCGUAGUAAAGCUUAAUAUUGGCUUUUCUGGGGAAGGAAAUGCUAUCAUAAGAAGCAAAUUUUUUGAUAAAAAUGAUUUGGAGACGUCAAUUUUGGAAGCUUUAUGCACACAUUUGGAAUAUGUUUAUAAGAAAGAAACAUGGCAAACUUUUGUCCAGAAAAUAAUCCGUUUAGGAGUGCUAGCGGAGGAAUGGAUAGAAAAUGCAGUGGAAUCGCCAUCAUGCCAAGCUUUGAUAAACCCGAAAGGAAAAAUUGAAGUUUUAUCAACCCAUGAGCAGUUAUUAGCUGAUGGGCUUACUUAUAUGGGCUGUGUUUUCCCUGCUUCUGAGGAGUAUAGAAAGAUUAUUAUGGAAAAUACUUUGAAAAUUGGACAAGUUUUAGCCAAAAAAGGAUGCAAAGAACGCUUUGCUGUUGAUUAUGUAGUAAGACAAGAAGAAGGGGUUUGGGCAGCUUAUGCUAUAGAAAUCAAUUUAAGGAAAAUUUAUUUCAAUUUUUUUAUUAAAAUUUAAAACAAUUUUAAUAAAAAAAUAUUUUUUUUGCCAAUUUAAGGUGGGGUGGGACUAGCCAUCCUAUGAUUACAGCAAAAAAUUUAACUGAUGCCCAGCUGACUGAAGAUGGCAUAUUAUUAGGAGCCGAUGACCAAGCGAAAUUUUAUAUAGCCACAGAUACUGUUCAGAAUGACGUCUAUACAGGACUUACCCCAGCCGAUUUCUUAGACUUCGUUAAUUCUAACAAAGAGCUACAAUUUGACAACGAAAAUGCGGCUGGCGUUGUUUUCCAUUUACUAUCUGCAAUUUCUGUAUAUGGAAAAUUCGGGUUUACAGCAAUUGGAAAUUCUGCUGAAGAAGCGAAGGCUAUUUUUGAUAGAGCGCUGCAAGUAUUGGAAAGAGAAGCAAACCAAAUCAGCUCACAGAAAAAGUUCACAGAGCUAGACCAAGUUAUCCAGACACCAGAUGAUUAA